AAAUUACCGAGUAUGCUUCGGCACUUUUGUCCCCUUGCGGCUAAUCGCAAGAGGAGAUUCAGCUUGGAAACAAGCCAUUGAACCGUGGGUCUCGAGCCCUACUGCAUUUCCGUUCACGUUGCAAUGUCACAGAAGGGCAAAACAUCAUCACAACAGCAGCAGCUCCAAGCACCAACACAGCCACGACACCACCCUCAUAGAGGAGGUUAUUCUUCUGCUGCUGCCAGUGGUCAUCCUGAUUAUCGUAUACAAGGCUACCCACAGCAAAUUCCACCAAGACAACAUUCACCAGCUGCUCCCCCUACUAGUGGAGCUCCUCAUGAUAUGAACAAGGGUCAACCGCCACAUUUGGCACAGACUCCUCCACAGUCAGCUGUGCAAUCACAACAGCCCCAGCCCCAGGGUGGGGUGGUGCAGGGGACGCAACAACAUACAAUUAUGUAUCAACAUCAGAUGCCUCGGCAACAGCAACAUCAACAUCAACAUCAGGCAUAUUACAAUCCCAGACAAGGACCACAUCAGCCUAGGCCUGGAACUAACAUGCAGAGACAGGUUGCUCCCACACAGCAGAUGUACUCAACAAGUCCUGCUGCCACUGCUCCACAAUUUAAUGUCCAACAACCAGCUCUCUUCUUGGCACAGCCCAUGAAUAGUGCCGCUGGUGUCUACAGUGUGGGACCAUCUGAAGAUGGGUAUAGUAUGUAUAUGACCAGCAACAGUGGUCCAACACACACAGUAUGGACAUCGUCAAAUUUUCCAGCGACAAGGCCGCAGUAUCAACAUGUACAGCAACCUCAGCAACCUCAAUACGUGGCUCAAAACACAGCACCGUAUUAUACACCAUCACCACCAAGUCAAAAUCCUGUUGGCCAAGCAGCCUCCCCUUCAGGCCCGACUCCUGAAUAUUUAUACUCUGCAGGGUACUACCCUCCUCCUGCCCCCCAACAACCCAUACAACAGAUGCAGUAUAACAGGCAGCAGCAUUACAACACGGCUGCACAGCAGAACUAUAUGAGAACUGAUAAACCAGUCCAACGAGAGAAAAAACUUAUAAGAAUAACUGACCCGAAUAAAGGGGUCGAUAUCACUGAAGAAAUUAUGAAAAUAAGUGGUGGCAGUGCGAGUACCGUUAGCAGUAGUGCUACUGUUUCAGCGCCUCUCAGUAGUGGAAAUGUUGGCGCCAUGACGAAUAUAACCGGCGGAAGUGCUAAUGUUACACCACCGGUCUCCGGUAGAUCAAGUGCAACAGGAACGCCACCUCAGGUCACAGCUACCCCUCCUCCUCAACCUCAACCGGUGCUGGGAAAUUCUAUUGCUGCUCAGUUUGCCGCUCAAGUUGCUGCAACUCUUGAUAGCGAUGUAAGGACUCCUACACCACCAAAAUCUGUAGCAGUUGUAGCAACUGCUUCAGAAGAAACUGUGGUGGAAGUGCAGCCCUCUGCACCAGCCCCUAAGGAAGAGGAGCCAGCAGUUGCCACUGCUGCCCCUCCUGUUGUUGCUGUUUUGCCGGAUAAGGAUGCUACAGAAAAUGUGGUUGAGGACACAAAACCAGAGGAAAUUGCAUCAGUAUCUUCCACUCAAGAAGAAACAAUUGUUUUAGACACUAAUAUUGCAAAACCAGAUUUACAAACUGUGCAAAUGGACAUUAGUGAAAAUCAAACCGAGAAAAUUGUGUCGUCGGAUUCUGUUACUGAAAUUGCUGUGUUACCUGAAUCUGUUCCCACAUCUGUGCCUGUACCUGUUCCUGCACCAGUUUCUGUGUCUGUUCCAGAACCGGUUUCUGCGUCUGUUCCAGAACCGGUUUCUGAGUCUGUUCAAGCGCCGGUUUCUGCGUCUGUUCAAGCGCCAGUUUCUGCGUCUGUUCAAGUGCCGGUUUCUGCGUCUGUUCAAGUGCCGGUUCCUGCGUCUGUUCAAGCGCCGGUUCCUGCGUCUGUUCCAGCGCCGGUUCCUGCGUCUGUUCAAGCGCCGGUUCCUGCGUCUGUUCCAGCGCCAGUUCCUGUGUCUGUUCCAGCUCCUGCGUCUGUUCCUGCACAGGUUCCUGAGUCUAUUCCUGAUGUUAAGGAUCAGACAAAAGUAGUUGCAGAGGUAAAAGAACAAAUUGAGGACAUCAAAAGUGAAGUAAAAAGUGAAAAAAAUGUGGAAAAUGGGGAGAAGUCUGUUGAAACUGCAUCAAAUGUGGUUCCAAGUGACAACAUUUCCCAGAUAGAAGUUACAGUUUCAAAACAGAACCUUGAAUCUGAACCAGUUAAGGAACAACUGAAAGAUGUUCAGGCUGAAGAAAACAAAGUCACUGAUAAUUCUGACAAAGCAAAUACAGCUAAGGAGACAAAGAAGAAAACUGGAAAACAGCGAAUGAAGGAACUUAAUAAAAGCACAGAAGAUGGUGAUAUCAUGGCUGCCUUCAAAGACAAAGAUGAGCCAUCAUGUCCCACUGAAAAUGAAACCAAGAAUGAAAAUGAGAAAGAAAUCAAAGAAAAAGAGGUCUCCUCUGUGGAAAUCACAACACAGAAAUCAAAUGAAGAGAAAAAGAAUGAAGAAAAUGAACAGAAAUCCAAAGUGGAUGAGAAAGUGAACAAUAUCACAGAUUCUAAAGAUGACCCUGUUGAACUGAAAUAUAAAUAUAGGGAAGACCAGUGGAGUCCGCUUAAUAAAGAGGGCAAACGACAAUAUGAUAGGGACUUUUUACUGCAGUUUAGAUUUGAGCAUACAGCUGUUGAAAAACCUGAAGGGCUUCCAAAAAUAGCUGAUGUCAUUUUAGAUACGGCUAUGACAAGACCAAGUGUAAAUACACUAGAUUCAAGCAUGAUGAAUGCUCCCAAAACAAUGGAUCUUUUACUCCCCAAUUACAUUAUGAAAUCAGCCAGACAGGGAGGAGGACCUUCUCCAAGUAAUACUCGUCGCAGAGAUUCCCGUAAAGAGCAGAGGAAGAUCAUUCCAAGUGCGUCGUCAGGGCGUCAUGAUGUGCAGCUUAAGAAAGCAGAGAAUGCAUGGAAACCAGGUCAUAAGGCAGGUGAUGACAAAGAACUCCCACAAACUAUGGAACUCUACAGGAAAGUUACAAGUAUUCUUAAUAAGCUAACUCCACAGAAGUUUCAGACGCUCACACAGCAGGUCUUAGAUCUACCCAUUGAUACUGAAGAGAAGCUCAAAGUGGUGAUUGAUCUUGUAUUUGAAAAAGCACUUGGUGAACCAUCUUUCAGUGUUGCCUAUGCAAAUAUGUGUCGCUGCCUUAUGUCAAUGAAGGUCCCAACUGAUGACGGAAAAGGCGUUGUCAAUUUCAGAAAACUCCUCCUCAAUCGAUGUCAAAAAGAAUUUGAAAAGGACAAAGAUAAGGACGAUGUUCUUCUUCGUAUGAAGAAAGCUGUUGAGGAUGCCGAGACGGCCGAGGAAACGAAAAAAAAACAAGAAGAGUACAAUGAAUUAGAAACCAAGCUAAGGAGGAGAACGCUUGGAAAUAUUCGGUUUAUUGGAGAGUUGUUCAAACUGAAAAUGCUCACUGAGCCAAUCAUGCAUGAUUGUGUUGUGAAACUACUGAAAUCACACGAGGAAGAGUCACUGGAAUGUCUAUGUAGACUGCUCAGUACAAUUGGUAAAGACUUGGACCAUGAGAAGGCCAAGCCACGAGUUGAUCAGUAUUUUGCACAAAUGGAUAAGAUUAUCAGAAGCAAGAAGACUUCAAUACGAACAAGGUUCAUGUUAAAAGAUACACUUGAACUUAGACAAAAUAACUGGGUACCCAGGAGAGAGGAUAAUAAUCCGAAGACAAUUGAACAAAUUCACAAAGAAGCCAAACUUGAAGAACAGCAUAAACAGAUGAUGCUUUCAAAAGAACCAUUGCCCAAGAAUCGCAGUCGAGGUGGAAGAGGAGGACCACCUGACAGAGGUCAGGGUCAAUCGGAUGAUGGCUGGAAUAUGGUACAAACAAACAAAAGGCCUGUUUUCGAUCCAAAUAAAUUCAGAGUUACCAAGCCAACAGUUGAUGAAAACAUUCAAUUGGGACCUGGUGGUCGUCCUGGAGUAUUUGGUGGCUGGGGUCGUGGUAGUAGCGGUGGCUCUGGUAAACCACAGACAGAUACCCAAGAAAGCAGUAGACCAUCUACCCCUGGUAAUAGAUACUCUGCUUUGGCAUCAGGAGAGUCACAGCCUUAUGAUUAUGCAAGGCGAAAUAGUAGGGAGCUGGGUAGAGGACGGGACAACAAGGUGCGACAGUUGGGUGGUCCACGAAGAUCAUCAUCAAGAGAAAGUGCACGAGAUGAAAGAAAUCGUGGAAGGGAGCAAGCCAUUGCAGCUGCUAAAAAUUUGCACUCCACAUCAGUGGAGAGAAGAAGAGAUGAAGAAAGGGAACGAAUGCGGACACCUGAACCUAAGCCUGUCGUCUCUAUGCCAAGAACAGUGCCCCCUGUGCAGGAUAACAAAUCUGCUCUUACAGAAGAACAGAUGGAGAAAAAGACCAAAGCUAUUUUAGAAGAAUAUAUGCAUCUCAAGGACUCUAAGGAGGCAUUAACUUGUGUUGAAGAAUUGAACUCGCCAAACAUGAUGUACGUGCUUGUACGAGUUGGUAUCGAACAGUCUCUAGAUAGGAGUGAAGGUGCCAGGAAAGUUACUGGUGAACUCUUUUAUGACAUUCUUCAAAAGGGAUCUAUGACGAUGGAGCAGUACGAAAAAGGAUUGGGCGAAAUCCUUGAAUUUGCCGAAGAUAUGGCUAUUGAUAUUCCUAAAUUCUGGACGUACUUAGCUGAAAUUAUCUCUCCACUAAUCCAGAGCGGCAAAUACCCAAUGACAGUGCUGAAUGGACUUACAAAGCCACUGCUUAGUAUUGGUAAAGCUGGUUUUCUUACAGCUGAGGUGGUAUUAGUGGCUUCCAAAGUCAUAGUAAUUUUCUCAUUCUUUCAUCUCACUCGCUUCUUCGCAACAUUCUUCUUUAUUGAUCUGUUAUUGCAGGGUGUUGAAUUUACAGUGCCAUCUGGUUCAGGUAGUGUUAGUCAGCCUACAAGCACUAGUGUUGGCAUCUCAAUACAGAAAAUACAGAAUCAGUUAGAACAUUUACUACUAAGAAAAGCUGUUAAUGAUAAAAUAUUUGAUUGGAUAGAGGCCUAUGUAGCACCUGGGAGACGAAAAGAUAAGGAGUUUAUUCGUGCCUUGAUGACACUUGUGUGCCAAAGUGCUGUAUCGGGGGAAGCCAGUAACUGUCGUUGUUUAAUUGAUGAAGUGAAGCUAAGAGCACCAAUUCUUCAAAAAUUUCUUGAUAAUGAUGAUAAAUUAGAAUUACAAGCUUUGUAUGCUUUACAAGCUUUAAAUUAUAAACUGGAUAGUCCUCCAAGUUUGCUACGUAUAUUUUUUGAUAAGCUUUAUGACGAAGAUGUGAUUUCAGAAGAGGCUUUCUAUGCAUGGGAAUCAAGUGAAGAUACAAAUGAACAACAUGGUAAAGGUGUUGCCCUUAAGUCAGUCACCGCUUUCUUCACAUGGCUUCGUGAAGCAGAUGAUGACUCUGGUGACGAGUGCUGAGGAAGGAAACUAGUAAUAUAAUAUAACUUGAAGAUGAACAUUUCAGAUUUGGAAGCUGGAUGGUCCUUGCUCUAAGAUUAUAAUUCUGAUACAUUGUGCAAGCCAAUCUUCUGAAGCCACCUUUAAACUGAAUUUCUUUGGUGCAAUGCGUACUAAAUAAAAUUAUCAAGUCUCAACGAGACUGGACUGAAAUUGUUUUGUACUACUCUUUAACCAUGGGAAUAAUGUCUUUAACGAUUGGCUGGUGAAUGUGCUUUAGGCAUACCGGGAGGUCGCAAAGAAAAUGUGACCUUACAAAUAAUGUAACGGUGUAAAAUUCUGUAAAAAUAAAUAGUAAAUAUAAAUUAUGGGUUCGUGGUGGUAUUAGAUAUGAAAUCUAAUAGUUAAUUCAUUUUGCUGUUAUUUGGAUGCAUGUUAUAUUUCUGAUGAACAGCAAAAAAAAAAGCUUACAUAUUUUUGUUUUUGAGUUGUGGGGGCUCUUUAGAAGAGCUCGAUAACUCGUGCGUAAUUAAUGUGUAAACGAGAGGAAUUUUCCUCUUGAGACAAUUGCCACAAAUUCUGAUGUGCGCAAAAAAGCUGAUUUUCAUAAAAAAAUAAUAAAAUAACGAAUAUAUACACGUAUAUUUAAAAAAAAAUAUGGUCAGCUGAAUUGUUUCCAGUCUCCAGAGGUCCCACUGUGCGUUGUAAAUGGAGGGGGCGACAAGAAUUUAUGUUAUAAACAAGAAUUACGAAAAAAAACUUGCCUGCUGCUGCAAAUGAGAAUAAAUGAAAUGAUUUACAACAACAACAAAAAA